UAGCACAUAACAAUGGUACACUAGUACUAAAAACUACAAUCACAAACUUAACGAUUUUUUGUGACAGAUUCACAAAGCAAAAUAAUAGAUAUCACAAUUUUGAAAAUAGGAUUUAUAUAUUAGGACAUCCCUAGUUUAGUUAAACAGAUAGACGCGUGCGCGAACUGCAUAACUGACAAAUGCCCAUACAUACAACAACUAGUAAUUCCAACUCUUGAUCGAUGCUACAGCAGUAUACAGUAAAAUGUAUGUUGUAGGCGUAAAAUCAUCUAAAGAAUAUUUAUAUCUACUGUCUAUAGAUGAUCUCCCGAAUGAGAUCUUUGAGAAAAUCAUAACCCACCUUAACGUAGAAGACCGCAAAGUUGCUUCUCGUGUCAGUAACCGAUGGGCCCAAUUUGCCUUUUCUCGGAUAACGCUGGUAGAUGUUCUAUUAGAAGUAAAUUGUUCCAAACUUAGUCCCAGGGAUUAUUGGAUUGUUCUCAAAAAUAGUUCGCGUUGCUAUAGGAAUCUCGUACUGAAGUUUUCGGAGGACGACGAAAAAUAUUUACUUAAGAUAUUAGAUAAAUUCCAAAACAGUUUAGAGUACGUCAGUAUCGAACAGGAUGCCGACGCUCGUCUGUUGCACACCGAAAUUUCCUCCGAAUAUUUUGUACAAUUUAUGAACAAAUUGGUCAACGUGAAAAAUCUUCUCAUAAAAACCAUGCUGGAGAUAGAAGAUAAUGUCGCGGGGCAUGUAGAGCUCCCGAUAUUGCCAAAACUGGAAGCAAUAUGUUUUUAUACACAUGGAUUGGAAAAAGAUUGGAUUGAUUGGUCUAUCAUCACACCAAAAAUUAAAAGCAUCGGGAUACCAAUAGCAGAUGGUCAAGAAGGAUUUCCUAGCAUAGUAACCAAUUUUAUCAAUCAAAUUUCACAUCUUUGUGUCGAUGCGCGAUUUGUUGAACGCGAUCAACUGAAUUUCUGUAUGGCAAAUUUUCCUCAUUUAACAAAAUUUCGACUUCUGUUUCCUAUCAGUAAUCCAUCGGCAAAUAAACAUAUCCGAUAUUUCAUCGAAACUUGUUCCAAUUUGACUGAAAUAUGUCUUUUCGAUAAUAUUAUUUGUUGCGAUACGCUUCAAAUCAUAGCCAAAUACUGUACCCAAUUAAAAACCGUCAACUUGGAUGCCAAUGAAGUUCCCCCCACAACAUUUACGAUUUUAUCGCAAUUGACCCGCUUGAGCAAAUUGAUACUACAUAAGAUGACUGUUGAUUCAGCUAUGAUUACUAUGGCAGGAUGUUUUCCUUCUUUAUACCAACUAACUUUCCUAUCAGUACGCGUCAAUACUCCAGACGCUUUUUUCGAGAAACUGCACCAGAAAAUGCCGCAAUUGUCCAAUUUUGAAUUAUUGGAUCGUUUUCGUUUCGGUAUCAAUAAUUUGAAUCAAAAUGGUGUUGUGCAGGCAGUUUGUAGAAAUUUAACCAACCUCAGGCGACUAGCACUUGUUGAUUGGGCAAUACUCGAUGUAUCCAUUUUUGAUUUACUAACCUUACUGGGCAAACUUACGGAGUUAAGAUUGAAAUGCAUUGGACUUAAUACCAACAAACUGAUCCCUGCUUGCCCGACUAUCAAACGAUUGAUAUUAGACGCUGAUUCGUUGAAGCCCACAGAUGUGAUACCCCCCGACAAUCGCCAUCCAUUGGAGCAUGUGAUGUCAAUAGGGUUUCCUAAUUUAAAAACGUUGGAGCUACGCAAAUCUUUUCUCGAUAGAACAAGAUUCUCCGAACAAGAGGUUGAUACACUUCAUGCAUCGAUGCCAAAUUGUACAUUCUAUCGCAAAACUAGAUUAAAGAUGGCUGAUAACGAUUACACUGCGUUGAUGUAGUAUAAAAUUACUCUACUAAUUAAAAAACAACAA